UCCGCCCCUUCUCUCCCUCCCCCUGCUCUCUUAUUGGUUCUUCCUCAUCUAUCUUCAACACUCCCUCCACGCUUUUCCAAACUCUUCUCUUUCCCUUCAAAGUGCACACCUGAGUCCAGUCGUCAUCUGCUCGAGGAGAGGAUCUGCUUCACUGUGAUUUAAACGCAAUAGAAAGCGUCUGGCGAGUCGGUCAUGACUCAAAGCAACGGGGAGACGCGUCUCCAGCGCGGCCGCGCGCAGCAGCUACGGGACGGAAUCACCGCGCGGUCGCGGCAGGCUCGCGCUGCGGUACGCAACGUCAAGGCCGAUGACGUCAAAGGGUGCUUCCGGCGGAAUGCCUUCGUCAUUUUCACAGUCGCUGCCGUCAUCGUUGGUAUAAUCUUGGGCUUUGGACUGCGGCCGUAUAAAAUGUCAUAUCGAGAGGUGAAAUAUUUCUCUUUCCCUGGAGAGCUGCUGAUGAGAAUGCUGCAGAUGCUGGUGCUCCCUCUGCUGGUGUCCAGUCUGAUCACAGGUAUGGCAGCUCUGGACAGUCGUUCUUCAGGGAAGAUGGGCAUGAGAGCUGUAGUUUAUUAUACCACCACCACCAUCAUCGCCGUCUUCAUCGGGAUCGUCAUGGUCCUCGUUAUUCAUCCUGGACGAGGAAGCAGAGACGAAUUCACCAAACAUGAAAAAAUAGAACAAGUUAGUCCUGCAGAUGCUUUCCUGGAUCUCAUCAGAAAUAUGUUUCCUCCUAAUAUAGUGCAGGCGUGUACACAGCAGUUUAAGACGCAGUACGCCAAGCGUGUGGUGACGGUCAAGUUUACGGUGAAUGACAGCGUGUUCAGUAUGACAAACGGUUCGGAUGAACUCAAACGCGAGGAGAUGAUACCGGUUCUGGGAACGGUGAAUGGAAUCAAUGCUCUGGGUCUGGUGGUGUUCUCCAUGUGCUUCGGCCUCAUCAUUGGAAACAUGAAAGAGCAGGGUCGACCGCUGCGAGACUUCUUCGACUGUCUGAAUGAAGUCAUUAUGAGACUGGUGGCCAUUAUCAUGUGGUACGCUCCGCUGGGUAUAAUGUUCCUGAUCGCAGGAAAGAUUGUGGAGAUGGAGGAUAUAUCAAUAAUGGGCGGUCAGUUAGGCAUGUACACCAUUACCGUCAUCAUCGGCCUGUCGAUACACGCCAUCAUCGUUCUUCCGCUCUUGUACUUCCUCGUGACGCGGAAAAACCCCUUUGUGUUCAUCUCUGGUAUUCUGCAGGCCCUCGUCACGGCCCUCGGUACCUCAUCCAGCUCUGCCACGUUGCCCAUCACGUUCAAGUGUCUGGAGGAGAAUAACGGUGUGGACAAACGCGUGACGCGCUUCGUGCUGCCAGUAGGAGCCACUAUAAACAUGGACGGCACGGCGCUGUAUGAGGCUCUGGCCGCCAUCUUUAUCGCGCAGGUCAAUGACAUGGAGAUGAACUUUGGACAGAUUUUGACCAUCAGCAUCACGGCAACAGCGGCCAGUAUUGGUGCAGCUGGAAUCCCUCAGGCUGGCCUGGUUACCAUGGUGAUAGUGCUGACCUCUGUGGGCCUCCCCACCGAUGACAUCACUCUAAUCAUCGCUGUUGAUUGGUUCCUAGAUCGGUUGCGCACGACCACAAAUGUUUUGGGAGACUCUAUUGGCGCUGGAAUUGUGGAGCAUCUGUCACGUCAUGAGCUAGAUUCUAUAGACGCUGAGAUUGGAAACUCUGUGGUGGAGGAGAACGAGACCAAGAAAUCUUACCAGCUCAUCUCUCAGGAGAACGAUUGCGUGAGCGCCAAGAUCCCCGACGGCGAGACCAAAAUGUAACAGAGUUUAUUCCUGGAGUUUUGAUGUGUGAAAUUCAUCUCAAAUCUUUUUAUAACGCUGUCAAAGACGCGUACAGAUGCGUUGUGAAGUCCAGCAGAUAUGAACGUGUGAAGAGUUUAAAACACUUGUUUUGUAGAUGUAGUGAAAUCCUUUUGUGUUAGAUAUCCAAAUUCAUCUAGAUGCAGGUUUGGUUGUGUUUUGUUCCAAAGAAAUGGAAUACUGUCAAGAAAAACAUUCGUGAUGAGGUUUUCAAAAAUCAUAUGUUUUGUUGUGCAUUCCAGUUAAUAUCAAUCAAACUGCAGUUGGUUUGUUUUGAAUUAAGCCAUAAGAACUCAAAAAAUACAGCUGACUAAUACAAGAAAACAAUGAUAAAAUAAUAAAAAACAUGAUUUUUUAAAAUUGAACCAAACUCUUUUUAUGUGGUUAAUGGUCCAGGUUCGAACCACUCAUAGCAUUUAUACAUUGAUAUCAGCUGAUGUCAGGAUUUCAAGACUUUAUAGAUGUUUGAAUACAGAAUAAAAGAAUGUUUAAAUAUAAAA